AUAAGUGAAGUGUAGGUAAAUUAAGUAAUAUUUAUUUACAGAAAAUUUAAAUUAUCAAACAGUAUUAGGCAUAUGCAAUCAAUAUUAUUACUUAAACUUAAUUACUUAAAAUACUUUCAAAUGGCCUCUGCACCGAAGAAAAAUAAGUUAUCCACAGCUUCAACAUCCUGUAAUGAAACAAAUGGAACACUAGAUGACUUUAUAAAGAAGGUCCAACAAAACCGCGAACAGACAGCUGAAUCUAUUUCAGAUUUUCAAUUCAUUAAGAAACGUUUGAGAAUUAUAUCUCAAGCGCAACUUGUGCCCGAAAAUUGCGAAGGCGUUGUCUAUUGGAUGUCCAGGGAUUGUAGAGUUCAGGACAACUGGGCUUUUUUAUUCGCACAGCAUCUCGCUCUAAAGAAUGAAGUACCUCUACAUGUGUGUUUUUGUUUAAUACCAAAAUAUUUGGAUGCCUCUAUCAGACAGUUUCAUUUCUUAUUAAAAGGCUUAGAAAAAGUAGCAGCCGAAUGCAAGAAAUUGAACAUAUCAUUCUAUUUGCUUGAGGGUAAUGCAGAUAAUGUAUUGCCACAAUGGGCACUCAAGCAUAAUAUUGGAGCUGUUGUGUGUGACUUCAAUCCACUGAGAGUACCUCUGGGAUGGUUAGAUGGUGUUAAAAAUAAACUCAGCAAAGAUGUGCCUUUGAUUCAGGUGGAUGCUCACAACAUUAUUCCAUGUUGGAUUACUUCGGAUAAACAGGAAUAUUCAGCCAGAACUAUCAGAAACAAAAUAAACUCAAAACUUGAUGAAUACCUUACAGAGUUUCCACCAGUAAUCAAUCAUCCAUACACCAGCAAAUUUGAACCAAAACCUAUAGAUUGGGAUGAAGCAAUAGAGACCAGAGAAGCAGAUAAGUCAGUGGGACCAAUAGAAUGGGCCAAGCCUGGCUACGAUGAGGCUAUGAGAAUGCUCAAGAGUUUCCUAGACGUAAGGUUAAAAAUAUUUGCAUCGAAACGUAAUGACCCUACACAGGAUGCUUCAAGUAAUUUAUCACCUUGGUUCCAUUUUGGUCAGAUAUCAGUACAGAGAGUAGCACUGUGUGUACAAGAAUACAAAACUAAAUACAUAGAGAGUGUCAAUGUAUUCUUGGAGGAGGCGAUAGUCCGACGUGAACUGGCAGAUAAUUUUUGCUUUUACUGUGAACACUAUGAUAAUAUAAAGGGAGCGAGCAAUUGGGCACAAAAAACAUUGGAUGAUCACAGAAAAGACAGAAGAACCCAUAUAUAUUCAUUGGAAGAACUGUCCAAAUCACUAACACAUGACGACCUUUGGAACUCAGCACAACUUCAGUUGGUAACAGAGGGCAAAAUGCAUGGUUUUCUACGCAUGUACUGGUGCAAGAAAAUUUUGGAGUGGACGUCUAGUCCAGAGGAUGCUUUGAAGUAUGCCAUCUACUUAAAUGAUCACUACAGUGUGGAUGGACGAGACCCAAAUGGUUAUGUUGGUUGCAUGUGGUCAAUAUGCGGCACACACGAUCAAGGCUGGGCCGAGCGGGCAGUGUUCGGAAAAGUACGCUUCAUGAACUACGACGGGUGUAAACGCAAGUUCGACGUUAGUGCAUUUGUGGCACGCUACGGAGGCACAGUCCACAAAUAUAUACCGAAGAAAUGAAAACUAGGUGACAUAUUCCAAAUUUGAGUCUACCUCGCACCCUCGUCGGCGUCCAGGGUUUAUUUCCAAUGAUUGAGGAAAAUGUACUGAUUUUUUUUUUUAAUUGUAAAUUUAUUGAUGUUUAAUUAUGUAUUAUGUUUUUGCAUUCUACAUUAUUCCAUGUAAAAUAAGAUGUUAGUAUUUCUAUUUAUAUUGUUAUGAAUUUGGUAUUCAUAUUUGAGACUGUA